CGUUGGUGGGUUCGUUUUUUUUUUUCAAGGAUCACAUCUUCAGCCCACGCGCCGCUUGGAUCUGAUCCCUUACUUUUAUUUUCCCUGUUUGCCAUUUAUUCACUGUUUUUUUUCCCUUGAUUCUCCGUCUGUGAUAUCAUUCGUUCUACAUCCUCCUCCUCUCGUUUGGUUUUUAGUUUCUUUCUCCUUUUUGCCUCUCGAGGUUGACGUUCGUUCAUCGCAGCACUGACAUUCGAAAUCUCCGUGUCUCUCUCCUGCUGAUCCUAGAACUGACUGACGUCUUCGAAAAAGGAAGGAAAAAAAAAGAGAAAAGCCGACGAGUCUGAUCCUUUGUCACAGCAUACCAACGACUCGCCCUUUUGGCUUGCUUUGUCUGACCUUCAUCCCUUUAACAACCUCCCCCCCUUUGGUGGUCAGCCCAACGUUUUCCCGAGAUUUUCCAGCUCACCACAUCAAGAGAUCUGGAAUCUCAUUUCGUUAUCUUGUAUUUGUUUUUAUUCUCUCAUUGGGCGGAAAGAUUCGAGAAACGAAGAGGCACGAGCUAAGCCAGCCCCGCAAUUCACCACCCUCAGCCACUCACUAUUCAGGCACCGAAACCAUCGUUCCUGUGAUAGGCGCUCGCCAGGGAGUGUGUCUCAGACGAGCCAGGGACUCCCCUCGUUGGACAGACCUCCCACACUCGGCUUAGUAUAUCAUGGCUGCCCCUACAUCUCCUAGAAAUCCCCAGAGGAUGGGUUUCAUGCCCAUUAAUGGCGGCCGUGGCUCCGAAGAAGAAGCCGACAUUCCGCUUUCAACCAUCCGAACUGCCAGCUCUACUGGCGCCCGCAAACCCAACCAGGCAAUUGAGACGAACAUGAUGGCCAGUGAGAAAACCCCCGGCAUCGGCCCCGGUCGUCGAAGGCUGAAGAAUGGCCUUGCCGACCAGGGCCGCCGAGGCACUGGCGGCACCGACGAUGUCGCCCUCAACGCCAUGGGCCGCCUCUACUACAAGAUUAUAGGAUUUUCAGUCGUCACGCGUUACCUCGUCUACAUUGUCCCCGUUGGUCUCCUUCUGCUGAUUCCAAUCAUCGUCCUGAUCGCUACUGGCAACAUCGACGAUGACAAGAUCCGUCUUGGUGGCAACGAAGGCCCGGCACUCUACCGACUAUUCGUCUGGAUCAUGGCAUCGUGGCUAGGCUUGUGGGCUGGCAAGAUUGUCGCUCACCUGCUGCCUCCCAUCUUCAUGUUCUUCUGCGGUGUCGUCAGUUCCGGCACCAGGAAGUACGCCACUGUCAUCCGCGCUCUCGAAAUUCCGCUUUCACUCUUUUUCUGGGCCCUGGUCUCCUGGUUGCUUUUCCGCUUCCUCUUCCCAGAUGGCCCACCGCUCGACAGCAUCCAAUGGAUCACUGUCAUGAAGAAGAUUCUCGGUGCACUCUUUGUCUCCUCGGCCGUCUUCUUGGGCGAAAAGACGAUUGUGCAGCUCAUCAGCAUCACCUACCACCAACGUUCAUUCGCCAACCGCAUCAAGGAUUCCAAGCGCGAGGUCUACCUGCUCGGCCUUCUGUACGAUGCCUCGCGUACUCUGUUCCCCAUGUACUGUCCCGAGUUCAUUGAGGAGGACAGCAUCAUCAACGAUAGUCUCGAUGUUAUGCUCAAAAAGGUCAAGGGCUCAGGAUCGGCAACACCGAUGCGUCUUAUUGGCAACGUCGGUGCCAACGUUGGUCGCCUGGGUGACAAGAUCACCUCGGUUUUCGGAAACGUUGCGUCUGAGAUUACGGGCAAGCAGGUGUUCAACCCCAAUUCGUCCCACUCCAUCUGUGUCGAGGCUCUCGAGAAGGUCAAGACUUCUGAGGCACUGGCCAGGCGUAUCUGGAUGUCGUUCGUCGUUGAGGGCAGUGAUAGUCUCUCGCAGGAGGACAUUGAAGAGGUUCUGGGCCCCGAGCACAAGGAGGACGCCGAAGAGUGCUUUGCCGCCAUCGAUGCGGACCAAAACGGUGACAUCAGCUUGGACGAGAUGGUUCGCAAGGUUGUCGAGAUUGGAAUCGAGCGCAAGGCCAUCGCCAACAGCAUGAAGGACAUCAGCCAGGCUCUCGCUGUCUUUGACGAAAUCUUGCUCUUCAUAGUUGCCCUUAUCGUUGUCUUCAUUUUCCUCGCUUUCUUCCAGAGCACCUUCAUCACCACUCUGGCCACUGCUGGUACAGCCCUGCUCUCGCUUUCGUUCGUUUUCGCCGUCACCACUCAGGAAUUCUUGGGUUCUUGCAUCUUCUUGUUUGUGAAGCACCCCUUCGAUGUCGGUGACCGUGUCGACAUCACCGGACCGGAGAAGGAGCAGCUCAUCGUGGAGCGCAUCUCCCUGCUUUACACCGUCUUUACCCGCAUUGACAAGAUGCAGGUCGUCCAGGUUCCCAAUAUUGUACUCAACAAUCUGUGGAUCGAAAACGUUACUCGCAGCAAGGCCAUGAAGGAGACGAUCGACGUUAAUGUCUCGUACGACACUACCUUUGAGGACAUUGAGCUUUUGCGUAUGGAGAUGGAGAAGUUCGUUCGCCACCCCGACAACGCGAGGGACUUUAUGCCCGACUUUAGCAUUUCCGUUGGCAGCGUGGGCGAUUUGGACAAGAUGACGCUCAAGGUUACUAUCAAGCACAAGUCGAACUGGCACAACGACGCUGUGCGCGCCACCCGCCGCUCCAAGUUCAUGUGCGCCCUGGCCCUGGCACUCAAGCGUGUCCCGAUCCACGGCCCUGGUGGUGGCGGCGAGCCACUUGGUGGACCCACAAACCCUACGUACUCGGUAGCCGUUUCCGAUGGAUUUGCGAGCGACGCUCGUGACAAGGCCAAUAAGGCCAAGGACAGUGCCAGGAUGGUGCCCACCAAGACCCUCAGCCGCAGCGGAUCUUCUGCUAGCCAGAAGUCGAGGAGGGAGAAGGAGUCUGCAAACGAGCUCAACUCGCCCGUGGAUGUUGCUAGACAGGCGGCUGCAGGUUACGGCAACAGAGACGGCGACAUGCUCGAUGACAUGAGUCCUGUUGAUCGCCAGCGCACAAAUGACCUUACGAAUCUGCGCAAGGAUAUGAUCACUAAGAACCAGAGCCAGCGCGGUCGCCGCCAGGCAGGACAGACGUUGCCACCACAGUCUCUGGGUGAGACAGGGCCUCGCUUGACGUUGACGCGCGAGGAGAGCAACCCAGGCAACCCGAGCCGCAGCCCUAGGUUCGAUGUCGAAUCGCAGACUGGCGGGCUGUCCCCAGGAAUGGGAAGCCCCGGAUUCGGUACGCCAGCGGCGGGCGGUGGAAACUCUACAUUCGCCGGAAAUCCUUACUACUCGAGCACCGCGACCACUCUAGGGGGGCCACAGGCCCAGCAAGGCUACAGCGUCUUCCCUCGGCCAGCCGGCAGCUCUUCUCCGCCCUCGACUAGCACCAACUUUGCCGGUCUCCAGGCACCAACCCACCCGCUGCAGAGCGCGCCAACCACGGGAUCGCGAGCUCGGGGCCAGAGCGUCUCGUCGACGCGCGACCUGACCGCACAACGGCCUCCCCAGCAACAGGGCGGUCCGGGUGGUCGACUCUAGAUGAAAGAUGAGAGGAGAUGAAAUUCUCCGAGACGAUCAUGUUUGCAAAAACAAACAAAACAAAGGCUCCUCGCGAGUUCUGUUCUGUAAUAUCUAUUCUACUAUUGCCUUUCUUUUCUUUUUUUUUUUAUGACGACAUUUGAUGACGGUGCGGAGAUUUAGAAUCGGGGAAACCCCUGGAAAAUGACAUACUUGCAUAGCGGGUCGAGGGACAAGGCCCUCGGUCCAAGGGCCAGCUGCAUAUCAAUGGGACAGAGUCCUGUUGUUCAUUACUUCAAAAAGAAUUUGCGCGUUUCGAUUUUCUUCCCAUUAACUGACCUUUUUCUUGGUAUCCUGUCCGUUGAUACUGCUGCACUCGCUGAUGAACACUAUUACGGAGAUGCCGGGCAUACCUACCUAGUUUCACUUUCUCUGUCGUUGUUGAGUGAUGUCCAACAAGUUGCUUGUUAGCUAUGGAGUACAGGCGGUGAGGCCACAGCUAGGUGUGCAUACGUAAGUAGCAUACGUCAACUCAAGAAAUAGUGUUACUAAGAGGGCAGAAGGUGGUCCGUCCAGACGCCUUUGGCGUGCCGAUCUGGGUCGUACAGAACGGCAGGCUUCCGGUAGCGGCAGAUCGAAAUCGAUUUUCGGGCCUUUAUAAUCGGAUUCCAGGGCGUGAAGCUUAUCCGUUCCGCCAUUUCAGA